UUUUUUUUUUUAAUUCUAUUCUUCGUCCUACUACAGCGUGGAGUAUGCCUCUUUUGUCGUCGUCGUCGUCGUCGUCGUCGUCCCCUUUCACGCUCUCUUCGUCUUCUUCUUCAUCAUCUUUUCAUAUCCUCCGUCUCCAAUUCCCCUCUCGCUCUCUCCUCCUCUCUCCUCCUCUUCCUCCUCCCCGCUCCUCCUCCCUUCUCCGUAGUACUCCGAAGCCGCCUCCUCCGCCCCUCCUCCGCAUAGCCGCGGCGGCGAUGGCCUCCUCCGACUCCGGCGUCGCCGGCGCCGGCAACGCCGACCCCCGCAUCCCCAGGAUCGCAUCCUCAAUCCGCGUGAUUCCCAAUUUCCCUAAGCCUGGGGUAAUGUUCCAGGACAUCACGACGCUGCUGCUCGAUCACAAGGCGUUUAAGGACGCGAUUGAUAUGUUCGUGGAGAGGUACAGAGACAAAGGGAUCACCGUGGUAGCAGGUAUUGAAGCAAGAGGAUUUAUAUUUGGGGGCCCCAUUGCCUUAGCUAUUGGAGCAAAGUUCGUUCCUAUGAGAAAGCCGAAUAAGUUGCCUGGUGAAGUCAUUUCAGAAGAAUAUUCUCUCGAAUAUGGUACGGACCGAAUGGAGAUGCAUGUAGGAGCUGUAGAGCCAGAAGAUCGGGCCCUCAUCAUUGAUGAUCUAAUUGCCACAGGAGGAACUCUAUGUGCUGCCAUCAGGCUUCUUGAACGUGUUGGAGCAGAUGUGGUCGAAUGCGCAUGUGUUAUUGAAUUGCCAGAACUCAAGGGUCGGGAGAAACUCGGGGACAGACCACUCUUUGUACUUGUGGAAGCAGCGUGAGCAAUGCUCAUUUAAUUUUAUUGUUUGUUGAGUUACUUCCGUCGGAUAAUAUAUGCCAAAACAUUUCCCGAAAGCUAGGUCAAAAGAAACAACCAUCGUCAAUUGGCUAAUUCUCCACUUGGGAACAAUAAUGUAAGCUCCCUGUUCAAAUUUGUCUGGGGUCUUUUCGUAUUACAUUACUACGUCGUGUAAACUAUUAUUUAUAAGUUGAAAUAAGGGAAGAAUUUUAUGUGUUGUCUA